UGAGGGGGUUUCCCUUUGUGUGCGCUGAUUUAUGGUGCCGGUGGCCAGCAAAGCCAGCGCAGGGGGCAGGGAUUCAGCCAUUCAGACACCCUGGUUGCGAGGGCUUUUCAGGGCGAUGGUGCGUGUCGGAGAGUAGCUAGACUAUUCAAACUGGGAGUUGCUCUCACUUUCCAUUCAGCCCCAUGUCCUCACUGAACUGGGCUUCUGUUAGAUCUAUGUGGCAGGUUUUUGGAUGGAUGCUCAGCAUUGGGAAAGGUACUGUGCCUGAUCGAUGAUCGAUGCCAUGCCGGUGCUUUCCGCAGGCGCAGGACAUGGUGAAUUCCGUGCACUCAAACCCAGGACUGCAUGAGACGCUGGCCCUGCUUACUGCCCAGCUCCGCCCAGAUGCCAACCACACGGAGGACAUGGUCUUUCUGAGGGAUGUCUUCAGUGAGAAGAGCCUCGCUUACCUCAUGAAGAUACAUGAGAAGCUGAGACAGUAUGAGCACCUCAGUCCCACUCCUGUUCUCCACAGUGCCUCCUCUCUGGCAGAAGAUGUGGCCGAGGAGUUGCAGAGCGGGCCAAUGAGCAACGACGAGAAGGAACUCCUGCAGCUGCUGACAGCGCCACACCUUAAGGCUGUCCUCACAGUGCACGACACAGUUGCCCAGAAGAGUUUCGACCCUGUGCUGCCGCCAUUGCCCGACGACCUGGAUGAUGGACUGGAGGAGGAGUCAGUAAAGAUUGUGCGCCUGGUUAAGAACAAGGAGCCGCUGGGGGCAACCAUCCGUCGAGAUGAGGCCACUGGUGCUAUCGUAGUGGCCCGAAUUAUGAGGGGUGGGGCUGCAGAUCGUAGUGGCCUCGUGCACGUAGGAGAUGAACUGCGAGAAGUAAACGGCAUCCUCGUCAUCCACAAGAGACCCGAUGAAAUCAGUCAAAUUCUGUCACAGUCUCAAGGCUCUAUCUCUCUCAAAAUAAUUCCGGCAAUAAAGGAGGAGGACAGGCUGAAGGAAAGCAAGGUAUACAUGAGGGCCCUGUUUGACUAUGUGCCCUCUGAGGACAGGGCCACGCCCUGUCAGGAGGCGGGACUUCCUUUCCAGCGUGGCGACAUUCUGCACGUGGUGAGCCAGGAUGAUGCCACGUGGUGGCAGGCCAAGCGGAUGGGUGACAGCAAUCUGCGUGCAGGCCUUAUCCCCUCCAGACAGUUCCAGGAGAGGCGAUUAGCUUACAGGAUGAAAAUGGGGACCCUACAGAAUCCCAAAGCAUCCAAACCACCAGUUUACGACCAAGCUUGUGACAAAGAGGACUGUGACUGUGAGGGCUAUUUCAAUGGACAGUACAUAGCUGGCCUCAGGAGAAGCUUCCGUCUGAGCCGCAAGGAUCGACAUGGAGAAUCCCGCCCCCCAGAGUCUGCCGAGCCGGAGCUGCUGACCUAUGAAGAGGUGAUGCGGGACCAGCGGCGCCAUGGCGACAGACCAUGUCUGGUGGUGCUCAUUGGUUCCCUGGGCGCACGGAUCAAUGAGCUGAAGCAGAAGGUGGUUGCAGAGAACCCCCAGCGCUAUGGAGUGGCCGUGCCGCACACAACCAGGCCUAAGAAAAGCCAUGAGAAGGAAGGGGUGGAAUAUCACUUUGUAUCUAAACAAGCCUUCGAGGCAGAUGUACAGAGCAAUAAAUUUAUUGAGCAUGGAGAAUACAAGGAAAACCUAUAUGGUACAAGUCUGGAGGCGAUUCGCAGCGUACUGGCCAGGAAUAAGCUCUGUUUGGUGGACGUACAGCCAGACGCUUUGAAGAUUCUGCGCAUGCCAGAGUUUAGGCCCUAUGUGAUCUUCGUGAGGCCCCGGAUCCCAGAGGGCCGGCGUCGUCGCAGUGCUGCCACAUCGCCGGGGCCAGGAGAGCCUGGCCGUAUCACGGAUGACCUUCAGGAGAUGCGUCAGUCAGCACAGCUAAUUGACCAGCAGUAUGGCCACCUGGUGGACCAGAUCCUGGUCAAGGAAGACUCAGCCAGUGCCUGCGCAGAGUUACGGAUUAUUCUCGAGCGGCUGGAGCGUGAGCCACAGUGGGUGCCUGUCAGCUGGGUGAAAACCUAGUUGCUAAAUGCGGGCCCAGGUAUGCCAUUGCACCACAUCCCCUGAUCCCUUUGCCAGUCACAUUUCCAUCGUACCCAGUGACUCUAAUGAAACCUGGCUGAAAGAAGUAGCCACUGACAACUCAAUCUAUCAUCGGGCCAUGAGGGUUCAAGCACAGUGAAAACAGCCCAGCUCUAAAGAUCUAACAGCAGCAAUUCUUCGGCUGUGUGACAUCUAACUGCACCUAACUGUCUGUUUUGUGACAAAGAUGUACAGCUCUGUGGUGAUUUGACAAUAUUCCCUGGUUGUGUGUACUCUAUUGGUGAUGUCAUGCCUGACAGAACAGUUCUGUCAGUCACUCUUGUGCUUAGUUUUUUAGGGCUCCAUUAUUUCCAUUUCUUAUCGCACAUUCACUGUUCUGAUUUGCUGCCAUUUGUUAAUCCAUUUGUAUUGUGCUAUUUGUUCUCUCAGUGAUGCUGCUGGAAUGAGUCGUGUUUUUAUGUAAUCUUCAGUGUUCGAUGGGUUACGAAGAACAUUAAACAGACCUGUCCUGUCCCAGUAACUCAGUAGCAGAAUUAAGAAACUGAGGUGAUGGAAAUCCAGCUACUGCAGUCUUUACAUCUCCAUUGUAGUCAUCGUGAAGGUGAUGUUGUUUUGCUACCAUCAGACCGGAAAGGCGGGAGGUGGUUCAUAACCCAUUUCUGUGGAUUCAUUUGAAGUUAUCUGAGAUUUACUUUCACUCCUGAGCCUCUGAGGAGAAACUGAAUUCUGACACGGACCACAUGGUGCUUCGCAAUCUGUCCGCCUUCCUGGAGGCCUGGCCGAGAAGAGAGUUCAUGUGCUGUGUUCUUUAACGUGAAAGCAAACAAGCUGUAUUCAUGUAGAUCUGGCAGGGAGGUUCUCCACCAACAGUGUGUUAGAGUUAGAUUGUUACUUGAACAUAAAUGCAUAACUGUAAAAUGAAACAAACAGCAAUACUGACUUGUAAUGUGAAUUCCAGUAUUACUUGUUUUAAAUGUGAUCUGAACAAAUAUUUGAAUUUAUUUUUUUGAGGCGCAUGACAUCUGAUAAAGGGAUUGUGAUGGUUUCAUUUUGAAGAAGACAGAUAUGUAAUAUUUCUAAUUAAUACUUAAUUUUGUAUUAAAAGGUCUUUGGUCAAUAAUAUGCUCAUGGUGAUCAGAAUCUGAGUGAUGAUGUAUAUGGAAAGCUUUAUGGAUAUUUAUAAUAUAUUAUAAAUAUAACCAUAACCAAG